GCGUUUGUAUCCGUGAACGCAGCACACGUCCCAACUGUGAGCGUGCAAGAGGGAUAAAACCGAGGGUUCGUGAACGUAACACCUGCGGGAGGCAGUCCGAACUUCCAAGAUGGAGGCGAAGGGGGCCGUGAAGGCAGCGCUGUCCCACGACAAGUUCAAACUUGUGCUGGUCGGCGGGGCGGCCGCCGCGGCCGCCGCGGCGGUGGCUCUCGGCGUCGGAUUCAAAUACUGGCGGAGGCCGGAGACGCGCGAGCGCGUGGGGGUCGUGUCGCGGCUCCUCGUCCACCCGCUCAAGUCCGGCAAGGCGGCGUCGGUGCCGCUCGCCGAGUGCCUCAGGAAGGGCCUCAAGUGCGGAGAGAUGCGGGACCGGCACUGGUUGGUGGUGACGGAGGACGGCAACAUGGUGACGGGUCGGCAGGAGCCCCGUCUGGUCCUGGCGUCUCUGACCUGCGAGGGGGGUCAAGCGCGCCUGAGCGGGCCCGGCGUGUCCGAUCUGCGUUUCCCCAUCCGGCAGCCCGGCAACGCCGUCGUGGACUGCAGGGUGUUCGGCGCCGCCAUUCGGGGGCGGGACUGCGGCGACGAAGCGUCCCGUUGGUUGGUCGGCUAUCUGAAGGCGGAGCGGACCCUUCGCCUGGUGCACUUUGAACCCCAGAUGAGUGCCAGGAGGCUGGCGGACGAAGUGCCGCUCUUCUCUCCAAACGAGGAGGUGGUGUACCCCGACUGCGCUCCGGUCAUGCUGCUGUCCGAGGCGUCCGUCAAGGACCUGAGCGGCAAGCUGGACGAGGACCUGACCGUGGAGCGGUUCCGGCCCAACGUCGUCAUCGGCGACUGCGAGGCGUACGCCGAAGAUUCGUGGGAAGAGAUCCAGAUUGGCAGCGUGCGUCUGCGGCGGGUGAUGUCAUGCGGGAGGUGCGUUUUCACCACAGUGGACCCCGAAACCGGAGUCAUCAGCAGAAAAGAGCCCCUCGAAACACUGAAGAGCUACCGGCUGUGCAAACCCGACGAGAAGCACAUCUACAAGUCGGCGCCGCUGUUUGGACAGCUGCUCAGCGUGGAAAAGACGGGCGUCAUGCGGGUGGGCGACGACGUCUUCAAGAUCGGACGGCGGUGAAGAAGACGUGCGAUCGAGCGCGGGGAAAAGGAGGAAAAAAAAAAAAAAAAAAAACAACACUUAAGUACCGUAAUCGCAAGUAAAUAGAGAAAUGAUUGCGACCACUUCAUGAAAUAUGGAUAUUCAAGUUAGGGUACAAUAUUUUUAAAUCUAGACGAAAAUAAACACAUUUGCAACAUUUGGUCAGUCUUUUUUUUUUGUGUGUGUGUUGACAACGUCUUUAAUCUUCAACAAAGUUUAAAAAGAGAUUAUGUAUUUUUGUGACUUUUAGACUCAUUUGUAUAUUUGAUUUUUUUUUUUUUUUUUGACCAUU